CGAAGGACAUCAUUCGCUCUCCUGGCGUCGCAGUGGGCGUUCGGAAUAAACUCGUGACUUGUGGAAACUCCCGGGUCACGCUUCCUAGGUGGAAGGGAUUGAAUCCUCUGUCAACCGCCUGCGUAAUAUAUAUAAUAGAUAUAGGUAUGCCCUUGAUCGUUUCGCUUCCUUAAUUUGGACGCAACCGGACGACGGAGCUGUUCGGAGAGAGACAGAGAGAAAGAAAGCUAUGGCCGAGUCUUAUUUACCAUCCGUGGAAACUGCUGUUGCUCGCUCUAAAUCGGUCCGAUAGGCAUGCGUUUUUCUUUCGUUACCGACAAUAUAAAGUAGUAUACGUACAUUGGCAGAUCCCCGAAUAGAUAGCCGCUACGAGGAAAGAACCAACUUGCUGUCGUUAUGAAACUGACUGUUGAAAUCAUUAGCAAAGUCCACUGCCUUCGGAUGUUAUGAAAAAGAGAGAUGAACGCUUUACUCACCGUCCUUUACCUCAUGAUAGAGCUUUCCAAAGAAGUGAGCCCCCCUCCUGCUCCGGUGAACUUGUACGUCGACUCUCACAACUUCCAUCAUGUCCUGUCCUGGGACCCGGGGCCUGGCACACCACCAGGAACACAGUACAUUGUCUUCAGCAAAGUCAACAAGAAGAAGCGGCAAAUGCAUAAUCCUGCCAACACUACGACAAGCUGCAAACUGAAGCUGAGAAUUCAUAUGAAAUACCACCUUUCUGUCCAAGCAUAUCACAACCAGUCACUGUCUCCGGAGUCCGAUCCUGUAUUCUUCACCCCGUUUAAAGACACUAAAAUCCAAGCUCCAACAGUGUCAUUGUCCGGGUGUGGCAACUGUUUGCUAGUUAAAGUUUUGCUGCCUAAGACUGACAAAAGUUCACAAGUUGAUAUCCUGCAGGUCUAUAAUGCUUUAAUUAGGAUUUCCUGGAAAAAGGCAAGAGAAGAAAAGGCCAUGUUUAAAGAUACCUCCAAUACCACGUUUACUCUUGAUUACUUGGAGACUGGAAUCGAGUAUUGUGUACAAGUACACAUAAUGAUUCAUCUCAACAAAAAUACUAUGCCAUCAAAUUGGAUGUGCGAAUUCACUAGUGCCCCAGAACCAAACAAAGUCCCUGCUGUUGGUGGUGUGGCUGCUACCCUAAUUAUUGUUGGAGGUACCCUGAUAGCUCUCACAAUGAGCUUGGCAUACACCGGUGUCCUGUGUAAACUGAAAACCCAUGUGCCCAGGAUACUAUUGAAUGCUGUGGUCCACGGCUACGUCCUUAGGCCAGAGAGGACCAUCCCUGACCUGGUCUCUAUCAGCUCUGAACCAGAUGAACAAAGGAGGAUCCCAGCUCACAGGCCAAUACCCCAUUCCACUGAAGGCCCUACCUCCAAGCAAGAAGAGGAUGAUGAAGAGGAGGAGGAAGAAGACAAGGAAACACUCUACUGGGACAGAGCAGACAGAAGUUCCUCCCGUGAUACGUCGGGACUAAGUGCACCGGCUGUCCCAGGGGUUUCUGGGAGUUCAACUGUCAGAUCAUCAGCUGAGGUUGAGCAAGUGGUGCUUGCUACAGGCUUGCCGCCGAGGGGUUGUAGUCAGGCAGAGACUGAAGGUGAGAGAGUAAAAUUGUCUUUCAUGCCAAAUGAGGACCAACCUGUUACUGGGGAGGUAGAUGAAGACGAACAGGGGAGAGAAGUGAUGGAGGAAGAGAACUCAAGUAAUGUCAACCUGCUCUCAGUGACCUUGGGGUCACCUUGGAGAGAGAGCGAGGAAGACGAAGAGGAGGGGCAGAGCAAUAAAUCCUCCAUGUCAGACUUUUUCAAACUGCCUGAACAGCAGCCUUUACUUUCCACAAGUUUACAGAGAACUUUAAGCAGUACAAAACAGCAAAGUGAAACGCAACCUAGUGAUCAGACACUGCUGGUAUCAAUGCAAGAGACUGGAUGUGAGAGUAGACCUCAAGACAAUACAGACACAUUCCCUGGCUACCUUGUGGCCUGCACUGUUGGCACACAGCCUGAACAGUCAGAGGAAGACGAGGAGGAAGAAUUCUCAGGAUACAUGGGACGCUGACAUGCAUGUUGCACAGAUGUUUGUCUCCGUAUAUUUGUAAUGCAUAUGCAUGGAAAUGUAGUCGUUCAUUAAUGUUCAUUCUUAUAUCAACUCACUAUCAACCCAUCUUCUUUUCUAACUGAGCUUAGAGCUGCGUUUGCAACAUAUCCUAGUAGUCAUUGGGUGGCAGGCAGGGAGACACCCUGGACAGGCCGCCAGGCUAUCACAGGUGGGUUUUCAUUACUGGGAUUCCUGGUUUUUGGAAAAACUAUAUAAAAAUGGUGCUAAUUACUGAUUGGUCAUCUCUUAAUUAUGGGCAUAGAUAUGCAGACUGCACAUAAACAAAUGUUCACAAACGCACAUUUUAUUAUUCAAUUAAAUCGCAGCCUUUUGCGGUUAUAUAAUUGCACAGGCUGACAUCGCAAUUGUGAUUCAAUUAAUCGUCCAGCACUACUUUAUGUCCCCCGCAAGGGAGAUUUUCCUGGACUCAAUGUUGCUGCAUUUAACAGAGACCACAAAUUACACAGGCAUACAACAGAGCCAACCAUAUUCAGUACAAAUGUACUUGCAAAGUGCUACAAUACAAACAAGAUAUUGCAAAGCUUGUCCAAAAAAUGUAGAUGUGAGCAACAUAAAGCCAUUUACAACAGCAGAAAGCAAUAUUGUCAUCGAUGGUGUAGAAGUAAAUAACGCUCUUGAUUCAGUGAUCCGUGUGCACACAGAUAAAGAACAAAGGCAUGUACUUAGUGUGACAUGAUGUAACCGUCUGUCUUGUACCACCUUUGCGCUUUUUGUAAUAUCCUGCUGUCCUUGUACAAUGAAUGUCAAGUCAAGUCAAUUUUAUUUGCAUAGCCCAAUAUCACAAAUUACAAGUUUGCCUCAAGGGGCUUUACAGCAACACAUUAAAAGUUUUUUUUUCCAAGAUAAUGAAACUCUUUAUCAAAAUGUUUGCUCUGAGAGAUAUAUGAUGAUGUGAUAUAUGUAAUUUAUAAUAUGUAAUUAUAUAUAUGGUAUAUAAUAAUAUAUCUAUAUAUUAUAUUGCAAGGGUCAUCAAGGCGGCCCAGCAUAUCACCAGUAUCCAGCUCCCAGCCAUAAAAUACAUUUAUCACAAAUGCUGCCUUUGAAGGGGUCUCAGCAUCAGCAGAGAUCCCACCCACCCCAACCAUGGACUGCCCCCGUGCUCUGGGAGGCACUACAGGAGCCUCAGAGCCCACACUACCAGGCUCAAAAACAGCUUCUUUUCUCAAGCUGUUACCCACCUGAACCUGGCUACCCCACUGAUCAUCUGUAAAUAUGUGUAUACUUGUCUUCAUCUCUUAUACUAUAUUUGCUAUGUUUGUCUAUGUCUGACUUGCUCUGUUUGGCGAAGCCACAGCCCUUCUUUCAUUUUUAACAUGUGCCUGUACAUUGUUUUUAAUGACAGUAAAUUGAAUUGAAUAUCCAUCUAUCCAUCCAUCCAUUAUCCAAACCGCUUACCCUGCUCUCAGGCUUGCGGGAAUGCUGAAGCCUAUCCCAGCAGUCAUUGGGCGGCAUGCAGGGAAACACCCUGGACAGGCCAUCACAGGGCAGCCCCCCCACCUUUCUUUUCCCCUCAGUUGUAUCCGGCCAAUUACCCCGCUCUUCCGAGCCGUUCCAGCUGCUGCUCCACCCCCUCUGCCGAUCCAGGGAGGGCUGCAGACGACCACAUGCCUCCGCCGAUGUAUGUGGAGUCACCAGCCGCUGCUUUCCACCUGGCAGUGAGGAGUUUCGCCAGGAGGACGUAGCAUGUGGGAGGAUCAUGCUAUUCCCCCCAGCCCCCAACAGGCGCCCCGACUGAUCGGAGGAGGCACUAGUGCAGCGACCAGGACACAUACCCACAUCCUGCUUCCCACCCGCAAACACGGCCAUUGUGUCUGUAGGGACG